AUGUCAAAGCCAGCCGAUCUUCCAUCUGAAAAGUCCUCGGCCUCUUUUUGGCAUUCUGAGCCCUCUGCCAAACUCAUUGGUCAUCGCUCUACAGCCAUUUUGCCCCGCGAGGUUGAUGUUGUGAUUGUAGGCAGUGGGAUCAGUGGUGCUAGUGUGGCAUAUCAUUUGCUCGAUGGCGAGAAAUCAGGGGCAGAGAAGCAAAAUGUACUUGUUCUGGAGGCUAGAGAGGUCUGUUGGGGUGCUACUGGGAGAAAUGGUGGACACUGCCUCCCAAUGUUCUAUGAGCACCCCCACGACCCUUCAAUCUCCAAUUUCGAAUACGCAAACUUUUUGGCUCUAUCAGACCUCAUAGCGGCCCAAAACAUCUCCUGCGAAUGGAACACUCAACCCGGUAUCCGUGGCCUUUACUCUACUGAAGAGGUCGAACUAGCUCAUAUUGCUGUUGCCACACUACAGCAAAACAACCCUUCACUGGGAGCCAUGGUUAGAGUAGUAGACACAACCGAGGAUCUACUAAAACUAGGCUUGCAAGUGCCAGAAGCAAAAGGUGCGGUAAUAACAGACAUUGCAGCAAGACUCUGGCCCUAUAAACUCGUCACCGGGGUCUGGGAACACUUGCUUUCCAAUCCAGCAUUAAAUCUACAAACCAACACACGAGUAACAUCUCUAUCACCAACAGGCUCUGGAACCUGGAACCUUCACACUGGUCGAGGAAAUAUCGUGGCCAAGAAAGUGGUGUUGGCUACUAAUGCGUAUACAUCCCACUUGAUCCCACAAAUGGCUGAUCUCAUUGUACCUUGUAGAGGUCAAAUGUCUGCUCUGGUCCCUGGAAGCUCUUUCUCAGGUCCCUCGAGAACAACGACAAGUUUUGCAUUCAUAGGCCCUAACAUGGAUGAUUAUCUUGUUCAAAGACCCCAGGGCAAAGGAGCUCAUCUCAUGUUUGGUGGUGGAAGGAGUUUUGGCCCUAGUUUGGAGGUUUGUGAUGAUGAAGAGGUGGACGCAAAUUUGGCGAUGUAUUUACGUACGUCGCUUCCAAAAUUGUUGGUUCCUGGUGAUGGGGAGGGUGAGAGGGAGUUGAAGGCGGAGUAUGAGUGGACGGGGAUUAUGGGCUUCUCGAGGGAUGGGCUGCCGUGGGUGGGUGCUGUGCCAGACCAGAAAGGUGUUUUUGUGGUUGCUGGGUAUACGGGGCAUGGUAUGCCUAAUGCUUGGUUGUGUGGUAAGAGUGUUGCGACCAUGGUGAUGGGAGAUGAUAUGGAUGCGGCGAUGGAGAAGGCGAUUGACGAAGGUCUGCCUAGAGCAUAUCUCUUGAAUGAGGAGAGAAUUGCAAGAGCUAGAAGCUUGGAGACUGUAGAGGUUCAAGAUGAGGAUCACAUGUUCAAGGCUGAAGUUGUUGCUCAAGGGAAGACGGGAAACGGGCGUGUGUGA